UUACGGUGAAAAAUGGGGCUGCUUGGAAGCUUCUCCGACCAGUGGUUGGAAUACAUCCUAAUCAACUACAGAUGGAUUUUUGUCUGUUUGUUCCUUUUGCCAGUUUCUGUUGUUUAUGAUGUUCUAUUCUAUGUGAGAAACUGGGUCGUUUUCAAAUUGAACAGCGCCCCAAAACAGCAUGACAAGAAGGUCCAAAAAGUUCAGAAGCAGAUCCGAGAGUGGAUAGAUGAUGGUUGCAAAACUCAAAUGUGCACAGCCAGACCAGGAUGGAUGACUGUCAGCUUUCGAGUGCCAAAAUACAAGAGCACACUGCGUCAGAUUGAAGUCAAUAUGAUCGAUAUCAUCGACGUUGACGAAUCGGCGAAAAUAGUGCGGGUUGAGCCGUUGGCGACCAUGGGCCAGAUCACAGCAACUUUGAACCCUUUGGGAUGGACACUGCCAGUAUUACCCGAAUUGGAUGAUCUUACAGUUGGUGGUCUGAUCAUGGGUGUGGGCAUUGAGACGUCUUCCCAUAAGUACGGUCUGUUCCAACAUUGCUGUGUGGCAUUCGAGCUGGUUAUGGCUGAUGGAAGCGUUGUCAAAUGUAGUAAGGAUGAGAACUCAGAACUCUUUUACUCCGUUCCCUGGUCAUACGGCACCCUCGGCUUCCUCGUCUCGGCUGAUCUCAAGAUCGUCCCCGCAAAAAAAUACGUGAAAGUGGAAUACAUGCCUGUCUACUCAUUUGACGACAUCCAGAAGAAGUUUUCCGAGGAAGUGAUGAAAAAAGAAAACAAUGACUUUGUGGAGGGGUUAAUGUAUUCUGAAAAUACCGCAGUUAUCAUGACUGCUAACAUGACAGAUGAGGCUGAGCCUGAAAAGAUCAAUGCUAUCGGAGACUUCUGGAAGCCAUGGUUCUUCAAGCAUGCCGAAAGUUUCCUGACAAAUGGAGAAGGUGUCGAGUAUAUUCCUCUACGCCAUUAUUAUCACAGACACACGAGGAGUAUCUUCUGGGAACUACAGGAUAUCAUACCAUUUGGCAACCACCCUCUGUUCAGAUACCUGUGUGGAUGGAUGGUCCCACCAAAGAUCUCGCUGCUGAAGCUGACCCAGGGGGAAACAAUCAAAAGAAUGUACGAACAGCAUCAGAUGAUACAGGACAUGUUGGUACCCAUGGCAGCCCUCGGCGAUGCCCUGAAAUGCUUCCAUCAUGAGGUCAAUCUCUAUCCACUGUGGUUAUGCCCUUUCACGUUGCCUAGCAACCCCGGCAUGGUCCACCCGAGAGGUGACAAACAGGAGAUGUACGUGGACAUUGGAGCUUAUGGAAGUCCCAGCGUCAAAAACUUCGAACCCAUCGCAACGACAAGGAAAGUGGAAGAGUUUGUACGCAAGGUUAAUGGUUUCCAGAUGCUUUAUGCAGACUCCUACAUGACCAAGGAGGAGUUCCGUCAGAUGUUCGACCACAGCCUCUACGACAAGAUGCGCAACAAACUCAACUGUAAAACGGCAUUUCCGGAUGUCUAUGACAAAGUCAAUCGGAGUGCUCGAUCGUGAGAAGCAUGAUAAGUUAUGCUCGCUGAUGCUUUUGCUUCCUGUCGAUCAUCCUCUGUGUACGAACAGAGCCUCCCUAUUUUAUCUUUAUUACCUCAUAUUUUGAUCUCUAAUUGAUCACCAUUUUUUUUCAUUUACUAGGGGAUCGAACAUUUCUACAUAUUCGCUUAUGAUCAUGACAUGCAAAUUUUAAGUUCUUUUAAGAAUUGUGCAUCAACUUCCAGCCACUGCGAAUUAUACACUUCAGAACAAGACUUUUUCUUCUGCUUUUAAUAUUAUCAGUUAGAAUAUAUCUGACUUAAACAUGACACAAUAUGUAAAACGAGGAAAAAGAGAAACUCAUUAGCUCUUUAGUUAUGAGAUUAACUAAUAUUCCUUUGCUCAAAUGAAAAGAGAUAUCUGAUCCGAGUAAUCACAUUACUUUUGUUGUUUUAGGAGCUAAAUGCUCAAAAGAGAUGUUCAUUUAUAAUUUUGUUUUAUUAUAUGCUGUUUGUGAUUUCAAUGCUCAAUGUGCUUCACUAUUUAUGUACCAGAGUAAAUUAGUAGUUAUACAUGUAGAUUAUAUUCAUAUCUGUCAUUAGUGAACUGUAAACUGUGGAUUUGACUUUAUCUCACUCUAAAACUUCUAAACGAAUGCUGAUCUGCAGGACCUUCCUCCAAAGGUUUUCGUGCCAUAUUCACCAGUCAGGUUCACAUUUGUUACUAACCACAUUGUAGUCAUAUAUGUAUGAUAGAAUUUUGAAUGAUUAUGGUAGAUAUUUUGCGCCAUCGAUAUUGUUGAAUAAAGACAGAUAUUUUCAAACUAGUAGCCCACAUACAUGGCCAUGAUUGCCUUUUCAGAUUAAAGUCUCAAAAUGCCAUUGUUGAUUUGUAUUUUUGUACACAAUCCUCACUACGAUCUGAAAAGGCAUGAGCUCAGAGAACAUCAACAGAUCAUAGUUAUAGAUGUGUUGUAUUUUGAAGAAUUAUGAAAUUAUAUGUGUACGCAUUAAUUUAUGGAA